CCAGGAUGGUGAGUUCUGCGUUAAUUACUACUUGAUCAACAUGGGGCUUUCCACUCUCUACCAACAUUGGGAAUCGGAAUAUCGCGAUCCCACCCACGCACGCAUUAGAAGAGGCAACACCAGGAGUUCUCUCUUCGGCCAUUCUGCUACUAAUGCUUGUUCACAAUGAGCCAGUCACAGUUAGACCCUUUGCCGGGUGACCUACCUUUCAGGCUCAUUUCUAAAACUAUCGGUCGCGGAGCCUAUGCCUCGAUCAAAAAGGCAAUUCCUUCUGACAGGAGUGAACCCGUGUUCGCUGUCAAGCUGAUUCAUAAAGGCUAUGCCAUGCGUCAUGGCCGUGUUUCAGCAAAGCAGCUCCUGAUGGAGGUGUCUCUUCACUCUCAUAUCGGCCAACAUGCCAACAUCAUCGAGUGGUUCGCCUCGGGCGAGGAUGCCAACUGGAGGUGGAUAGCCAUGGAGUUUGCCGACGGUGGUGAUCUGUUCGACAAGGUAGAGGCCGACGUUGGCGUCCAGGAGGACAUCGCCCACAUCUACUUCCUCCAACUCAUCAGCGGAGUGAGCUUCAUGCAUUCCAAGGGAGUGGCCCACCGCGACCUCAAGCCGGAGAAUAUUCUCCUCUCCGACAGGGGCAACCUCAAGCUGGCCGACUUUGGUAUGGCGACUAUGUUCGAGUACAAGGGACAGCGCAAGACGAGUGCCACCCUCUGCGGGAGCCCGCCCUAUAUCGCCCCCGAAAUCCUCGCCUGCGGCCGCGUGGACAAAAAGUCGUCUGGGACCACGGCCAGGUAUGCUCCGGAACUAUCCGACAUAUGGUCGUGUGGCGUCAUCCUCUUCGUCCUGCUCGUCGGGAACACCCCGUGGGAUGAGCCGUCCUCGACCAGCUGGGAGUACCAGGAGUACCUCCGGACGAACGGCCGCAGCACCGACGCCUUGUGGGGACGGAUCCCCCCCCAGGCCCUUUCACUCCUACGAGGCAUGAUGAGCGUCGACACCUCCAAGCGGUUCUCUUUCACACAGAUACGACAGCAUCCUUGGUAUACGAGACACAAUUCUCUCACCACGACGGAUGGAAGUGGAAAGAUCAGGGACCCUCUCAGCCUAGCAACCAAGAUGCUGGAGAACCUCCGGAUCGAUUUCAGCCAGCAGCCUACCCCGUCACAGCAGCAAGCCGCCAACGGAGCCAACGGAGCCAACGGAGAGUCCAUGGACGUUGACAGCCCCGGCAUGGCACUAAAAUCCGCCAGCCAACCGGAGGUGCCCAUUACCGACACCGAGUGGGACUGGGAACGCCCGGCCUUGCGGUCCAUCGGCUCCGUGGCCAUUUCCUCCACGCAGCCGGCGCUCCGAUCCGAAGCCACCGCCCACUUCCGCCCACCCAGCAGCACCCCCGGCCGCGGCCUGUAUUCCGACCCGCUGGCCGACGAGCCCUCGAUGAGCCAGUUCUCCCAGAACCCGGGUGUUCCCCUGACGCUCACCCAGGCGGCCCGCCAGUUCCGCGACAUCGUGCCGGCCGAGUCCCUCACGCGCUUCUUCUCCCACGUGCCGCCGCAGCUCCUCGUCCAAAUGCUCAGCGAUGCUCUCCACCAGCUCAACGUGCCCUUGGCGCCCGUCACCCCCAAUCUCUAUUCCGACCAUGUGGCCACCGUUCGGCUCCGCGCCCUGGAUGGCCGCAAACAGAGUCUCCAUGGCGAAGUACAGAUCGACCGCCUCGCCUUUGAUGAAGGGGAAUUGCUGGACGUGCGGUUCGUCAAGAUCAAGGGCGAUCCUCUGGAAUGGCGCCGCUUCUUCAAGAAGGUCGUCGUCCUAUGCAAGGAUGGUGUGUACGUCCGAGACGCAUAGAGUAUAGAGGAAGUCUCUGCUCGAGCUGGGGCUGGGAGCCGGGCCGCGGGGAGCGUGUUCUUUUCAUUUUAUUCCGCAUGGCGCUUAUUGGAUUUUUGCGAUUUGCCUUGGGACUCGAAAAGCAAUUCUUCAUGUAGGAAUGGCAACGGUGUUCGUUCAGGAUUUUAGGAUGAAUGAAAAUACCCAACGACAUGAC